GACUGAGGGAGAAGUAUUCAACUUCUCCUGCUUCCACACACCCCAGACAUUACAGCACAGACAGUCUCUGUGCUACAGGACCACACUCUAGGAGUCCACAGCUCAGUUCUUGAGGAUGAUGGUGAACUUGGAUUACAAACUAACAAUAUGAUCCAAUAAACAAAGAAGAACAAACGUGCAACAAUAUUGCCAAGGAUUGCUUAUUUCACACCUCAUUUUAUUCUUCAAUCCAUUUCUUUGACUCUGGGAAGAUCUGGGGGCAUCUCAACGUUCCUUGAUCCCACUCAGCUUCUGGGGCAUGUAUCUGUGAGGAUCCUCAAAGAAUUCUGUGGAUGGUUUUCUUUGUGAUAAUUUUGGAAAUAAAAAAAAGGGGGACUUGGUAAAGAGGAGAAGUGUUGUCUUGAAGGAUUUGAAGAAAGGGGGAGAAAAAACUACUGAGGUUUCUAUUUUUUUUUACAUUAUUUUGGCUUUGUCUGCAGUGGUUGGUUUUCUGCAACGUGGAGCAGUAGAGGCAGAGAAGUUACAGCAGGGCCAUCAUGUACCACUGACGAUAAACAGGACACAACGAUAACAGUUUGGCAUUACAGAAACAAGAGAGUAUACUGCCAGUAUGUUUGAGAUUUAACUUAAGCUGGUACCUUUUGGAACAUUUUAAUAAGAAGCGACCUCCUGAACGACGAUGGCUUCCCUCCAUGAAUUUGUCACUGAACCCAUUGGCAUGAUGUCGCAGUCCCAGACAACUGCAGUGGAUGAGGAGCAGUGUUACUACAAUGAGACCAUUGCAUUUUUCUACAACCGGAGUGGGAAAUAUCUGGCCACAGAAUGGAAUACAGUCAGCAAGUUGGUAAUGGGGCUUGGAAUCACCGUAUGCAUAUUCAUUAUGUUAGCAAACCUUUUGGUUAUGGUUGCUAUUUACGUCAAUCGUCGAUUCCACUUUCCUAUUUAUUAUUUAAUGGCCAACUUGGCUGCUGCAGACUUUUUUGCUGGACUAGCAUAUUUUUACUUGAUGUUCAACACCGGACCCAAUACCAGGCGAUUGACUGUGAGCACAUGGUUGCUCCGCCAGGGAUUAAUUGAUACCAGCCUGACAGCAUCAGUGGCCAAUUUGCUGGCUAUCGCAAUAGAAAGGCACAUUACAGUAUUUCGAAUGCAGCUACACACCAGGAUGAGCAACAGAAGAGUGGUGGUAGUCAUAGUGGUCAUCUGGACUAUGGCCAUUGUUAUGGGUGCAAUACCAAGCGUUGGAUGGAACUGCAUCUGUGACCUAGAACACUGCUCAAACAUGGCUCCACUCUACAGCGAUUCCUACUUGGUUUUCUGGGCUGUUUUCAACUUGGUUACAUUUGUGGUGAUGGUCGUUCUUUAUGCUCAUAUCUUUGUAUAUGUCCGGCAAAGGACUAUGCGAAUGUCUAGGCACAGUUCUGGUCCUAGGAGGAAUCGGGACACAAUGAUGAGUCUACUGAAAACUGUGGUCAUUGUUCUUGGAGCUUUCAUUGUGUGUUGGACUCCCGGCCUUGUGCUUUUGUUACUCGAUGUGUGUUGCCCACAAUGCAACAUCCUUGCCUACGAGAAGUUCUUCUUGCUCCUUGCAGAAUUCAACUCGGCCAUGAACCCCAUUAUUUAUUCCUACAGAGACAAGGAAAUGAGUGCCACAUUCAAACAGAUUCUGUGCUGCCAGCGAGCAGAGAAUGUUAACGGGCCCACCGAAGGUUCAGAUCGAUCGGCGUCCUCCCUCAAUCACACCAUCUUGGCUGGUGUUCACAGUAAUGACCAUUCUGUCGUUUGAAACAAGACACGGCAAGACGAGAGUCAUAGAUCUUUCAGCCAGGCUGGAGCCACUGCAUUGCAACCAAGAGCAGCACAUUAGCAUAUGGAUAGGAGUCGUGCUAACAAAACAGUUUUGUUUUUCUGAACACUAAUGGGCUACUACGACACUGCCAAAACCAGAAGAAUGCAAGAAGAAUAACACACAUUAACGUAUUAUGCUAAAAAUAAGGGUUCAUCUGCAAACGAACACUAUGUGGACCUUUCACAGUUUAAACUGCCAUUUCAUAUAGAAACCUAGGUCUUUUUUUUAUUUGUAAUGAUAUAUCCCAUUUAAUAGUAAAAUAAAAAAUGCAUUUUAGUCCCAUC